AUGGUGUCUCUAAUAGUCAAGCGACGACUGUCCUAUUCCUUCGCUGCACUUGCGUUGUUGGCUCUAAUAUCUAAUAUCGUCGUAUUUUCUGGGCUUUCAAGUGACUCCAUCAAGGAUCAGUUGGGCGAUAUCAAGGAUCAAUUGGGCGACAUACAAAUACCUGGGAGGCCAAAGAAACCAUGGCACGCAGGCGAAAAGCCCGGCAGUCCACUGGAACCUGUCGAUGCGCAUCCCAUCUCUCUGCUGAUGCAAGAGGCCGAUAAGAACUGGCGCAAGUACGAGGACGGCAGGUCUGUAUCGUUCAAGCAGACUGUGAAGACAUACAGGAGGAGGUACGGGCGACACCCUCCGCCAGGCUUCAAAGACUGGUACAAGUACGCUAGGAAAAGGAAUGUCCACAACAUCGACGACUUUGAACAAGUCAUGGAUGAUAUACGCCCAUUCUGGGCUGUCGAGCCAAAGGUCAUACGGAAUCUAGCAGCCAAUAUGUGGAGGAACCCAGAUGAAGGAGUCGCUUGCAUCCAUAUUCGCAAUCACAAGGUUGUUAAAGAGAGCAAUGGAUCUUGGAGGUCAGAAACGUUGAUAACGCUGAUCAACAAGUUUGUUAAGUAUCUACCAGAUAUGGAUAUUGCUAUCAACAGAUUAGACCAACCUCGAGUCGUGGUGCCUUGGGAAGACAUGCAAGACCUGCUCAAGAAGGAACAAGAAAUACGCCGCACGCCUCCUGAGACCAUCGAUGAGUUUAGCACGACCAUGGAAGGUUUCAUGAAUAUGACAAACGAAGACAAUGGCGGCAAUUUUCAAGACCCGCAAUGGUAUUCUCACGCCGGCAAGCAAUAUAUGGAAAUCGCCAGCACCGCCUGCCCACCAGAAUCGCCUGCACGCCGUGACAGUGUCAGUGCCCAAGAAGCUGAGCUCACGUACAAAGACCGUCUCGGAGGUCUCAUUACCAACUUCAACAAGACAUCAGAUCUAUGCGCCGUCGGCCCACAGAUCCAGGACAAACACGGCCUUCUCUACUCAAGCUCCUCCCUGCUGGCCACGAAGCGACUUGUACCCAUCUUCGGCGAAUGCAAAGUCAAUGUCAACAGCGACAUCCUUUUUCCAGCAAAUAUGUACUACAAGCACGAUGAGAGGUACGACUAUGAUGAUAAAUCAGAUUUGAACUGGGAGGACAAGAAAGAUGUAAUGAUCUGGCGAGGCGUUACGUCUGGAGGGACUCAGGUUGCGGACAACUGGCAACGAAUGCAUCGCCAACGUCUUGUAAUGCAAAUGAACAGUACUGAAAUGGCAGGCAAGGAGGUCCGUAUCCUGACCGAGCAACCGGAAAAGAAGGGCGAGUUCGAAAAUUACAGGGACUUCCAUCCUUCGCACUUUGCUGAACAGCACACUGAUGUCGGGUUUACCGAGACCUGGGGCUGUAUUCCGGAUUGCAGCUUUUAUGAGAACGUCUGGACGUUAAGGCCUAUGGUACCUAUGGCAGAGCAAUUCGAAAACAAGGUUCUGGUUGAUGUUGACGGCCACUCUUUCUCCGGUCGAUGGAUUGCGUUUCUUGAGAGUAGGUCUCUCCCUAUCAAGGCCACUAUCUUCCGUGAAUGGCACGAUUCGCGACUGUUCGCAUGGCGGCACUUCGUUCCCAUGGACAAUCGAUAUGAUGAUGUCUACACGCUACUCACGUAUUUUCUUGGAGUCGGCACGCCCCCGGAUCAGCAAACAUUAGGGAGCGAGGAUGCAAAUGGCAAGGCGUAUGUGGCUAGACACGAUACUGAAGGGAAGAGAAUAGCAGAUCAGGGACGGGAGUGGGCCAAGAAGGUCUUGCGGAGAGAUGAUAUCGAGAUAUACAUGUUCAGGUUGCUUCUCGAAUAUGGCCGGAUCAUUGACGAUAAUCGCGAUCGCAUUGGCUAUUCAGGAGAUGGUAGCGAACUGGACAAGUAUGAUGGUGUCUCACCGUUCGAUCAAGGCCCGCACCGUUGA